CCUCUUUCUGCAGCUUGCUUGCACUCAACUUUUAUCUUUUAAAAUGGCCAAGUUUUUUCUAAUCACACUCCAAUCAAAAGUGAAGUUACUUCUUUCAUUUUUAAUUCCUGCAAAGCUAAAAUUUCUCCCAAAGCAACUCAAAAUAUAAGUUAUAAAAUAUGCAAUGAUCAUAAAACUUCACAAAUUUCGUCUAUAAAUAAUAAAUUGAAACUGAAAAAUUCAGAAAAAAAGAGAUAUUUGGAGUAGAGAGAGCAGAAAGGAAUCAUUAAACAGAGAAACUCAAAUUACAUCAACCAAAAGCAAAAAGGUAGAGAAAAACUCCUCGUGCGCGUUCGCUGUCACCAACAGAUCCGGCUGCAACCCCUCCCUCCGAGCACACCUCAGCUAUACGAAACGGCAUCGUAUAAAAAGGCAAUAACCCGCUUGAUCCUCUUUCCAAAAUUGAAAAUUCAUAGUGGAGCAACACUACCACCGUUUUCAUUUCCCUCUCAAAAUCAAAUGGCGACAAGUAAAAUGACGGUGGAGGAGCUACGAAUGGAGCUCAAUCACCGGGGACUCACCACCACCGGAAUCAAACCUACUCUGGUUCGUAGGCUUGAAGCAGCGCUUCGCAAAGAAACUAAGCUGUCGAAAGCCGACGAUGAUGCUUCUUCCUCUCUUGGAAAGAGACCAAGAGAUUCUCUCGACGGCCAUUCCGGUAAAACCACUUCUACUCGCUCUCGCCGUGGAAUUUCCAACAAACAAUCACUAGAAACGAUUCUAGAAGAGUCAAACCUAGUUAAACAAGAGGAAGAGGUAAAAGAGGUGGAAAAGAUAGUGACCGCAACCAAAAAGGGUGCGGCUGUUCUUGAUCAAUGGCUUCCGGAUCACAUAAAAAUGCAGUAUCAUGUUCUUGAACUGGGUGGUGAAAUCUAUGAUGCUGUGUUGAACCAGACAAAUGUUGGGGAUAACAAUAACAAGUUCUAUGUUAUUCAAGUUCUUGAGUCGGAUGCUGGUGGUAAGUUCCUUGUUUAUAAUAGAUGGGGAAGAGUAGGCAUAAAGGGCCAAGACAAGAUACACGGCCCUUACACUUCACGUGAAAGUGCCAUCCAGGAGUUUGAACAAAAGUUCUUAGCCAAAACGAAGAAUGCUUGGUGUGAUAGGAACAGUUUUGUUUCCCAUCCAAAAAGUUAUGUAUGGCUGGAAAUGGAUUACAGCGGCAAGGAAGAAGAAUCUAUAGUUGCACAAAGUCCCGGUCUUGCUUUGAGAAAGCAGCCUCUGGAAUCUAAACUUGAGCCACGUAUUGCAAAAUUUAUCUCCCUUGUUUGCAAUUUGAGCAUGAUGAAUCAGCAAAUGAUGGAAAUAGGGUACAACGCAAACAAGUUGCCCCUAGGAAAACUUAGCAAAGCAACAAUUUUGAAGGGCUACAAUGUUCUUAAAAGACUUGCUGAUAUGGUUGACAAAUUUGAUAGGAAAUCUCUAGAGCAAUUAAGCGGAGAGUUCUACAGUGUAAUUCCUCAUGACUUUGGAUUUAAAAAAAUGCGUGAGUUUGUAAUUGACACCCCUCAGAAGUUAAAACGCAAAUUGGAAAUGGUUGAAGCUCUUGCUGAAAUUGAGGUUGCCACCAAGCUAUUGAAAGAAGAUGCUGAAAUGGAGGGAGAUCCCCUGUAUGCUCAUUAUCAACGCCUUCACUGUGAACUAGUACCAGUUGAUUUCGGUACUGAGGAAUUCUCCAUGAUUGAAAAUUAUAUGAAGAACACUCACGCAGAGACACAUUCAAACUAUACUGCAGAAAUUGUCCAAAUAUUCAGAACAUUGAAAGAAGGCGAGGCUGAUCGCUUUAGGAAGUUUUCUAAUACAAAGAAUAGGAUGCUUUUGUGGCAUGGUUCUCGGCUCACAAACUGGACUGGGAUUUUAUCUCAAGGUUUGCGCAUAGCUCCUCCAGAGGCACCUGUAACUGGCUACAUGUUUGGCAAGGGGGUGUACUUCGCUGACAUGUUCUCAAAAAGUGCAAAUUAUUGUUAUCCUUCUCCUACUUCUGCAGAUGGGGUGCUCCUUUUAUGUGAGGUUGCACUGGGUGAGAUGGCCGAGCUUCUAACCGCAAAAUAUGAUGCUGAUAAGUUGCCUAAAGGAAAACUGAGCACAAAAGGAGUAGGAGCUACAGCUCCCGAUAUUUCUAAAGUGCGGGAGCUUGAUGAUGGGCUCACUGUUCCCCUUGGGAAGCCCAAAAAGAAUUCAGGCAUUAAGGGUGAUCUAUUGUACAAUGAAUACAUUGUUUAUAAUGUGGAGCAGAUUAGGAUGCGUUAUGUGGUUAACGUUAAAUUCAAUUUUAGGAAAAGAAAUUAGCAGUCAGGCGUGAUAUAAAUUUAUGUAUGUAUUUUCAUUACCUAUGUAUUAUCAAUUAUCUAGUUCACCAAGCCAGAAACGAUGAUGUUCUAUGUAAAUUAUUUUUGCUGAGAAAAAUGAAAUUGUUUGCACUGAUCUAAAUUAAUGAAGGAAGUGUUAGAAAUAGAAAGUAAGACCAGGGAUAAUUAAAAUAUGGGAUUAAUAUCAAGAAUGUUCUUUCUAAUUAAGGUUAGAGGGAGAAGAUGUCAUGUUUUUAGGCUGGCUGUAUAUAAAUUGAAACAUUUCAUGCACGAGGUUGUGUAACUUUAUGCCCGUAAAGUGAAAUUUGAAUGGACAAAAUGGCAGAGCUAUAUGAGAAGGUUGAGAAUGUCGAUAGUGGCUUUUAACCGGGAAACACUUAUAUGGUAUACGCGCUUCAUAGCUUUGCAGUACUUGAAGUGAUAUAAUUUAACCUUCACACCCUUUCAAUUAAGAAAAUUUCUUUUCUCACUAGCUUCUCACAAAUCUUUGGCGAAAU